GAAGAUUUGAGGGGAUCAUGGUAGUGUACGAUUCCUGGAAGAGCAACGUUGUUCUUAGUUUCUAGUCCAGAAGAACUUCACAAGGCAUGUGAUGGAGGAGAGAGAAGGCAAGGCAGAGGACUGGUGCUUCGUCUGCAAGGACGGUGGAGAUUUGCUUCUUUGCGACAAUCGGAACUGCUCAAAGGUGUACCAUCUUGAAUGCGUGGGAUACGAUCGCGAAACUACCUCUCAAAUAGAAGACGACUGGACCUGUGAAUGCCAUUCUUGUUCUUCCUGCAAGGGAGCCUCGGAGGUCCACUGCUUCUGCUGUCCAACAUCUUUUUGCAAAAACUGUAUAAAAUCUGUGAAGUUUGUACACUUGCGAGCCAACAAGGGUCUCUGCACAGAUUGCUGGACCCUCGUUCGUCUUGCAGAACAACUUUCAGUUUCUGAGUACAAAUCUGUGGAUUUCGAAGAUAGAGAUACACAUGAGUGCCUGUUCAAAGAGUAUUGGGAAAUUGUGAAAAAAGAAGAAGGUUUAAGAAGAGGCGAUCUUGUGGCUGUGGAAGAACCCUACUCGUCGAAGGGAAGAAGGCACAUGAGGGGCACCACCCCAACGCGGGUCGUCAAGACCCUACAAGAUAGAGAUACCAAGUCCAAUACAUUCAAAUUGAUCACCAGCUGGGGAUCUAAACCUCUCAUUGAAUUUCUCACUUCCAUUGGCGUAGAUAUAACCACGCAGCUAUCUCAAUGUGAUGUCAGUUCCAUCAUCUUGAAGUACGUUCAGGAGAGGGACCUUAUUCAUCCCAUAAAGAAGAUGAAAAUCAUCUGCGACAGAAACCUGCAUCUCAUUUUCAAGAAGAACACCAUACCCUUGAACCAGAUUAAUGCUCUUUUGGGACCGCAUUUUUCUCAUGGUAAUGACACCCAGAGAACCAACAAUGAGAAGAAGAGAUGUUUAGAAUCGGAUCCACAAAAUGGGGAUGCUAAGCACCAGAAAACAUUGAGCUGCUCUCAGGAAAAAUCUCCGAACGAUAAAGCUUACUUUGCAUCAAUAGUUGCCCAUAACAUGAAACUCGUCUACUUGAGGAAGAGCUUAGUGGAGGAUCUUCUAGAACAGCCUGAAAGCUUCGAGGACAAGGUGGUGGGAAGUUUUGUUAAGGUCAUGGAAACGGAAUCGAGGGAAAUUCGUUCUAAAGGGAAGAUUUCUCAACAGCUCUUGCAAGUUACAGCUGUAAAGAAAAUGUCAAGCACUGAUGGGAGUAGUAUUGGGCUGAAUGUUUGGACGUUGCCGGACAUUCAAAUUUCCAUGCUCUCUGAUUCAGACAUAACUGAGGAAGAUUGCCAGGAUCUUAGGGAAAAGAUGGCCAAGGGUCUGUUCCAGAGACCUACCGUUGAAGAGAUAGAAAAGAAGGCUCGGAUUCUUCAUCAGGACAUCAGGAAGGACUGGAUGAAGAGAGAGCUAGUGAAGUUGCAAAACCUGAUCGAUCGCGCAAAUGAAAAGGGGCGUAGAAGCGAAUAUCCUUUUGAGAUCAAAGGCAAACGCUGAAGAAAGAAGCAGGACGACAACAACAACCACCACUACUACUCAAACAGCUCCCCAUUGCCAUCGUUGACACUGCCGAAGCCGAAGCCAAAGCCGAUGAC